AUGCUACUAUACCAUUCCUCUACCAGCGCCGCAGAACUCCGUCAUUGCAUUGAGGACCAAGAAGAGGUGGAAGCAUCGCUCGUGGACAAUUUUGGAAUGACUCCAUUCCAUAUCCUCUUUUCGUCUGUAGGAACAAGUCAAGGAGAGCUGCUCGACGUCCUUCUGGAUAAGUACUACUGUUCAUGCCACACCAUUCUAAACUUGGAAGAUGCCAAUGGCAAACGCCCGUUGGAUUAUUUGGUCGCCAACUGGACUGAAGCCACUAAAUAUUUGUAUGAACAAACACUACAAAGAUGGAUGGUUGAUCUAAUGGGUUGUUUGGGUGCUUUGUUCUGGAUGGAAGCCAUCUGA